UCCAAAUUAUUUCCUUCUUUUCAACCUCCAACGAACUCAGGUGUUUCAGAAAAGAGAGAAUUUUUAGAGAAAACAGAGAAGAAUCAUUGACAAGUAAUGGAACGACAAAUACAGAAAUUAAGUUAUUCAAGGUAGCAUUUUCAAUCUUAAUUUCAAAUGCAUAGAUAGACGGAGAGAAAGGACAGGAUGGAAGGACGAGUAGGGCAUGGUACUAGAACGGCAGGUUAUGGAGCAAUAGACCCAAGUAUAAGGAAUGAGAAAAUAACAUGGUCUGUAAUCAUGAGCUCCAUUGUUGCAGCUUCUUGUGGCUUGAUCUUUGGUUAUGAUCUUGGAAUUUCAGGUGGAGUGACAACAAUGCCACCGUUCCUCGAGAAGUUUUUCCCGUCGGUGUUGAAGAAGAAGGAAGAUGCAACUCAAAGUACCUAUUGUGUAUAUGAUAGUCAAAUUUUAACUUUGUUCACUUCGUCAUUGUAUUUAUCAGGGUUAGUUUCAUCACUCUUAGCUAGUCGGGUAACUAAGGUAUUUGGUCGUAAAUUUGCAAUACUGUUCGGUGGUUGUACAUUUUUGGUUGGUUCCAUUGUCAAUUGCACGGCUCCAAACGUCGUUUUGCUUAUCCUGGGUCGGAUUUUGCUAGGUUUUGGAGUCGGUUUCACGAAUCAGGCUGCACCAGUUUAUAUCGCGGAAAUGGCGCCACCGAAGUAUCGGGGAGCCUUUAACACUGGCUUCCAAUUGUUCAUUGCCAUUGGUGUACUUUGUGCAAAUAUCAUAAACUUUGUAACCUCUGGACUCGGCAAAUGGGGUUGGCGAUUGUCCCUUGGCUUGGCUGCAGCCCCAGCUGCUAUCGUCUUACUUGGGGCACUUCUAGUUACAGACACCCCCAGCAGCUUAGUGGAGCGUGGUAAACUCCCUGAAGCUAGAGACGCACUGCUGAAAGUUCGCGGGGCUAACUCAGAUAUUGAAGCUGAGUUGAGUGAACUUGUUGAAGCAUGUGAAACUGCAAGGGAAGUCGAUCAGAUAUCAUUUAAGACGAUAUUUAAGAAACAAUAUCGGCCUCAUCUGGUUAUAGCAGGGGGGGUUCCAUUCUUUCAACAACUAACAGGAAUUAACACUAUAGCAUUUUAUGCACCAGUUUUGUUUAACUCGGUAGGGUUCGGGAACGACUCAGCUUUGAAAGGGACAAUUUUGUUAGGCCUUGUUAAUGUUGGUUCCAUAGCAGCAUCCAUGUUUAUGGUAGACAGGUUUGGUCGGCGUGCUUUGUUCAUUGAGGGUGGGAUCCAGAUGUUCAUCUGCCAGGUUGGGUUGGCAAGUAUAUUAGGAGCGACACUGGGGCUAUCAGGGAAAGGAGAAAUUUCAAAAGCAGCGGGGAGUGUAAUCCUAGUACUGAUGUGUCUUUACGCGGCCGGUUUCGGUUGGUCUUGGGGUCCGUUAUGUUUCUUAGUCCCAACUGAAGUAUGUCCGGUGAAAAUACGACCAAUUGGACAAAGUGUGUCAAUCGCAGUUCACUUCUCAGUUGCAUUCAUUUUAUCUCAAACAUUCUUGUCACAGCUUUGUCAUUUCAAAUACACCGUUUUCUUGUUUUAUGCUGGUUGGAUCGUCAUCAUGACUACUUUUGUUGUUUGCCUCUUGCCCGAAACUAAAGGAGUUCCGCUAGAAUCUAUGCAUACUAUUUGGCAACAACAUUGGUUAUGGAAGAAGUUUACGGCACCGUCGCCAACAAUGUUGCAAACAAUAUCCACAUAGAGGCUCGAAAUUCAACAUUUAGGUUUUUUUUAUAUGGCCACGAGAAAGAAAAGAAGCAGGCCUCAAUUGUAUUCAUCAUAAAACUCAGAAUCAAGAUCAGAAACAUUUACGGGACUGACUCGGAGGAAUCCAACAAUUACAAUAAGUUCAAACAGACUACAAUGACAUCCAAACCACUUAAAGUCACAGUCUCAGGACCCAAUCUAACAACGAAUUCCUACCAUUCAUAAUUGAUUCAGCUGUAACAAGAUAAGUUUAAACGGUCUUGGUUGGUCAAAAGUAACACAUCCAAACAAUG